AUGUCGAUAUUUGGGUGGUGUAGCCAGCGCGCUGGCGGUCUGGCCAUGAUGGCCACCGUUGCGCUCUCCUACUGGGUGAUUUCGAGCGAACUCGAGGCUCAACGACAUGGCUACAAGUAUCAGUCAAACGACAGUCUUAGCGCACCCAAUUACGACCCGCAAAACGGUGCCAUUUGGGUCAACAUCUUCUCCUACUACUGCCUGCUCAUCCACUUCCUUGUCUUCUGCUUCCCCUUGCGCUCCUGCUACGCCGUCUUCACCAUUGGCAGGCAGCUGCGCAAGUCGGCUCGUGCCAGGACCCUCAAAGACAUCAAGUUUGGACACCGCCGCCGCAGCUCUUCGACCUCCCUUUCCAGCUCCGAGACCUUGACCUCGUCGCGCGACCUGGGCUCCUCCUCGAGCAGCGAAGUUGAGGAUGUCGAUACGGAUUGCUACAUUGACGCCGACAUUGCCCCCGACCGCGUCAUCCAUGCCAUUGUCAUUCCCAACUACAAGGAGGAAAAUGACACGCUCAGGGAGACUCUCGAGGUCUUGGCCUCUCACCCUCAGGCCCGCAACACCUACGAUGUAAGUUGGCGCGCUCUACACUUCAGCCGCCGGAUGACACACCCCCUCAUCAACCGCUGUCAACAAAUGCUUGUCUAUCUUGCUAUGGAGCAGCGGGAACACAAUGCCGAGACCAAGGCUUCCCGGUUCGUCAAUGAGUUCUCCAAGAAGUUCCGCUCCAUCAACUACACGCUUCACCCGUCUGAUAUCCCCGGCGAGCUUGCUGGCAAGGGCAGCAACAUGGCUUGGGCCGCCCGGAAGCUCAGCGAAAGAUACUCUCUGGGCCAGCGAAAGGAUGUGAUUGUGACCGGAAUUGAUGCUGAUAGCCAUCUCUCGACCAAUUACUUUGGCCUGGUCACCACCAUGCACAUGACUUACACCGAGACUGCCACUACCACCCUCUACUCAGCUCCUAUCAUCUUUGACCGCAAUGCUCACAACGUCCCGGCUAUUGUCCGUGUCGCCGAUGUACUGUGGUCUGCUGCCGGCAUGUCCGGAUUGUACAAGGGUUCGACCGUUGCCCCUCCUACUUCGGUCUACUCGGUGCCGCUCGAAUUGGUUGACCGUGUCGGCGGUUGGGAUUGCGAUGCCGAAGCGAUUGGCGAGGAUUUGCACAUGUACCUCAAGUGCUUCUUUGCGCUCAAUGGUAACUUGACCGUUCGGACCGUCAUGAGCCCUGUCAGCCAGACCAAUGUUACUGGCGGCGGUCAUGGCAAGGGAAUCCCCGGUUUGAUCGCCGACGUGCAGGCUCGGUACAAGCAAGCUCUCAGGCACAUGUGGGGUGCUUUGGAUACUGGGUAUGCUCUCAGGAAGGUUGUCGAGGUCUGGAGAGAGAGGAAGCACACCUCCAGAGCGUUCCGCCCUCUUCAUACCGCUCUGAACGACGCCUCGGAUGGCUAUGUUCCCGAAUCGCAAGUCUCGACAGCUGACCCCGAAGCUGCUCCCGAAAGCGGCAUCUUCUCGGACGUCACCACCGACACUCUGAAGGGCGUCAACUACGAGCGCAUGAUUGUUCUGUUUCACCGUCUUUUCGAGGCGCAUUUUCUGCCUGUCCAGAUGACAAUCCUGGUUGUCGCAUCGACUCUCUACGCCUGGGUUACUGACGGGGCUCCUGAUGUUCACGGCGUCAACUGGAUGUUCAGCAUCUGCAACAUUCUGCGCACAGUUGGUUUCAUGGAAGUCGCCCUGUACCUCUUUCUCUACGAGAGCUUCCACAAGGUUUGCCUCGAGAUUCGCGAGAAGGAGAUGAGCGAUGCCGGUCUGACCAAGGGCAUGCACUUCUCCCGCAGAGAGGCCAAGACCAACUUUAUCGACUACAUCAUGGUACCCCUCGUCGCGCCAAUCUUUGGCUCGAUCCCUUGCGCCCAAGCGCAAAUAUACCACUUCUGGACAGUAGACUUGGUCUACACAGUCAGCAAGAAGGUCACUAGGAGGAGAGCCAAGUCGGUCAACUUGGAUUCGUUGGUAUAA